UGAUACUUCGUCCAACUAUAGUCUUGCUAUUCUUUUCGUAAGUUCAAUAUGGCCACAAACAUCGAUAGACACCACAUAGUCGCCAUUGAGACCGUCCAUUGCCCGAUCCCGAGCUUCGACGUAACCCAGCAAUAUUCUCUAGAUGUGCAUAGCUGGACCAAUGAAUCGGGUCUGGCUUCUCGCGUCAAAGAUGCCACAAUCAUUAUAACCACGACGAUUCGCCUCUCGGCGGAGAUCCUAAACCCCGAGAUCACGCCAAAGCUCCGCCUGAUAGUGAUCAUGGCGUCCGGCACUGACUGUGUUGAUAAAUCAGCCGCCAAGGCACGAGGAAUAACCGUGUGCAACUGUCCGGGCACAAAUGUCGAUAGUGUCAGCGAGCAUGCUAUUGGUCUUUACUUCGCCACUCGGCGAAAGCUGGUCAAUCUACAUAACACCACAGUUGCGGUUCCAGCAGAUCCGGAUCAUGACACAGAAUGGAAAAAGAUCGGCUCACUUCGCAAGCGACUUCGUACCGCUGAUGGGAGAGCCCCAUUGCUGUGCUGUGAUGAGACUGUCGGUAUCAUUGGAUACGGAUCAUUAGGAAAGCGCCUUGAGGCCUUAGCCCGCGGACUUGGGAUGAACGUGAUAGUGGCUGAGCGUAAAGGUGCGCUGCCCCGGCCGGGCCGAGUUUCCUUUGAAGGAACUCUGAGGCAGUCAACUGUGUUGAUUUUAUGCCUGCCGCGAGGCCCGGAAACAGUUAAUUUGAUCUCAAUCGAAGAACUACGCAUGAUGCCGUCUCAUGCUGUACUGAUUAACGUCGCUAGAGGUGGAAUUGUGGAUGAAGGCGCUCUGUUGGAGGCGCUCAAGCGAGGGGACAUCUCCGGGGCAGCUAUUGAUGUCUAUUUGAAUGAGCCUAUUGGAAGAGGGGACUCACCUUUGUUGUCCCGGGAAGCUACAGAUCUGAAUCUGAUUUUGACGCCGCAUCUCGCCUGGUUUUCUGAAAGAACAUUGCAGAAUCUUCAGGCUGCAGUGAAAUGUACAGUUGAACGGUGGUGUGUUGGUGAUACGAUAAACCAGGUAGAGUGCUGAACCAUAAAUAAACACGGUGACAGCUUUUUAUAUCUGCUCCUCAACCCUACAAAAUAGUACUCAUCUUGUUUCGAACUACCACUCGCUUUUCUAGUUUUGCAGUAUCCUUC